AUGGCUUCAAUACCAUGUCCCGUCGAGCUCUCUAGUCAUCUCGGAUCUUCUUCCAAGCGUAGAAGCUACAAACAGUGUAGCUUAGUAAAAAGACGGAGAGAGAGGGACACUCAAGUUCUCAACUCCAUUAUUUGCGUCAGUAACUUACAGAUAACGCGUCUACCGCCAUUACAUGCAACAAAGAAUAGCCCGAGAGGUUUUGGCGCUCCUCCUAAGAAAACAAAGAAGGCAAAGAAGCAAAAACCUGGAAAUCCAAGUGAUGAAGAAGACGAUGAAGAAGACGAAGAUGAUGAAGAUGAUCGUGAGAGAGGUGUGAUUCCAGAGAUUGUGACGAACAGAAUGAUAAGCAGAAUGGGAUUCACUGUGGGGUUACCACUCUUCGUUGGCCUCUUGUUCUUCCCACUCUUUUACUAUCUCAAAGUGGGAUUGAAAAUCGAUGUCCCCACAUGGGUUCCGUUCAUUGUUUCGUUCGUCUUCUUCGGUACGGCUUUAGCUGGUGUGAGUUACGGGAUCGUGUCAUCGAGCUGGGAUCCGUUGAGAGAAGGAUCAUUGUUAGGAUGGAACGAAGCUAAGAAGAACUGGCCUGUCUUUUGGCAGUCCUUUUGGAAUUCCUCAGACAAGAGAUAG